AUGGAAAAAUUUUUAACUUUAAAAUGUUACUUUGUUUAUAGUAUAUGGCUGAUAUAUGCUGGAAAUGAGAAGUACGAGGUAGACUGUGGAUUAGGCAACAAGUAUGUGGUUGACCUCCUCAACUACUCCUGUUCAUGUAGAAAAUGGGAUUUGUCAGGAAUCCCAUGUAAGCAUGUUGUUUCUUGCAUGCAAUUACUUGCUGUGAGCCCUGAAACUUAUGUAAAUACAUGUUAUACUGUCACUACCCAGUUGAAUAUUUACAGCCACUUGAUUAACCCUGUAAAAGGUCCUAUGCAAUGGGAACAUGUAAGGGACAUGGAACCCAUUCUUCCUCCCAUAAUUAGAAGGCCCCCAGAAAGACCCAAACAAACAAGGAGGAAGGAAAUAGAUGAAGUAAUAAAGAGUGGAUCAAAAUUAAGCAAGACAGGACAGAAAGCUAAUUGCAGCAAAAGUGGCAAACUAGGCCAUAAUACAAGGACUUGCAAAGGGAUUGUUGGGGGUAAGCAUCCGUUUACUUGCCCUCGCAACCAUGUGGAGUUUUAA